CCGCAUUCCACCAUACCUCCUCAUGUCGGUCCUUAGCCAGACUCAGGAGGGCGUCCCUGUCCUCCAUUCCCUCCCAUGGGAGCUCAUGCUCGAAGUAUUCGAGCUGGUCAUACAGGAGGUCAAGCCUAGCGCGCUUCUCUGCUUAUCAAGAACGAUAAAUGCCGUCAUAGAGGCCAUAAUCUACCGCACGGUCGUUCUCCCUUCGCCUCAGGCCGUCUUCCUAUUCCACCAAUCGGUGUCCUCCAAGCCGCCCGCCUUUCACGCUGCGCACGUCCUCCGGUUGUACGUCACGUAUAGCCCGAGCUGGCAUGCCGAGCCGACUCUUCGCCGCUGCCUCAGGGAUAUCCUGACGGCCUGCGGCGGAAUCCGAGAGCUCACACUCCCAACUGGGCAUGGGUCCAUUGCUAGGCAGUACCCGACCCUCACGCACCUCACUGUGGGGUCGUUUGAGGAGGAGGACAAGAGCGCGGGGAGGAAGAAGCCAACUGGCGAUCCCUCAGCCAUCACUCAUCUCCGCAUCUGCGAGCCAGCGUCUAGCCUAUGGUGCCCGCCGAUAGAGCUGCUGAAGUCUUUCGGCAAGCUUCCGGCGCUUACGCACCUCCAGCUGCCGCGCCGCAUGAAUGCGAACGAGGAGAACGACGAGAUCUUCGCGCAGGAUGUGGAGGAAAUCCUGCGGCGGCGUUCCAAGCUGAAGAUGCUGGUAGUCAGCCUCUUCCAUGCGCCUGUAGGCGAGGAGGUUCAUGCGGAGGAGACGAACAUAUUUCGCCUUCUUCGGAAGAUAGACGACGAGCGGCUCGUGCUAGAGCGUGGCCGCGAGGAGGAGUGGCAGUCGGGGAGACCCUUCAGUUGGGAGGUAGAAGCGAUACCCACUCACUAGAGUAUAUCUUUACAUCCGGAGCGCAUAAUUACAACCAGUACUGUAGAUGGAUGACACCCGUAGAUAACUUGGAUUCCUGGAUCGCUCACACUACUACCCCUACUCGCUUUGAAUAUAAGUACUUACAUACUCUGUAGAUGAAGUCUCUUGCUCUGUUGCAUCGAGGGACCCCUCUGUAAAGCUCUUCACAUUCACAUUCUACUCCGUAUGCCCCUCGGACUUCUGCGAAAGUCCCCAAGCUCCUGCGGUCCCGUAGCCCCUAUAACUGUUCCCACGGUUGAAGGGUCACAUGUAAUGGCACGCGUGAUCCGGC